GAUCAUAGGGAGCCCCGAGAACGCGCCCUUGACAGUGACGUUCCUGUUUUAAUGUGAAAUGAUGAUAGUAGUAGUGGGGAUAAAAGUAAGGCUACUUCGUACCGGCACCGCCUGCACUGACCGGCUGGUGUCCGUGAACAGCCGGGUGAAGAAACGUGGAAUAGGAGAAAGGACGAACGAGAGCGUCGAUUUCGUUCAUCGGAAGGCCCGUUAUCUCCAUCGUUCUUGGUUCGACAAUCGUUUCUCGACGAUUCUCUCGUAAAGUGUGCUGUUUUUGUCUGUCUGUCUAUCUGUCUAUCUAUCUUUUUUCUCUUUCUCUCUUUCUGUCUAUGCCCCAGUCUUUCUCUCUCUCUCUCUCUCUCUCUCUCUCUCUCUCUCUCUCUCUCUCUCUCUCUCUCUCUCAUUCUUUCACUCUCAUGCGCGCGUUCUUUCUCUUUCUCUCUCGAAUCUCUUUUGGUGUCUAGGGGGAGACAUAGGCGCCGUGUGACAGCGAUAGGAAACGAAACGAAACGGUACGAGACGGGACGGGACGGGACGGGACGGGACUGGACGAGACGAGACGAGACAAGACGAAGACGAAGACGUGAUCGCACGUAGUAAUUUUUGUUAGGACAGGGCAAAACCCUCGAGAUCUUUCUUUUCCAAAGCUCACGCGCUUUUCCAUGUCAACGACACGCGCGCUUAUACCAAAGCCAGCGUGCUACCCCCCGCGUAGAGGAGCCUCCUCCAUCGUCGCCUCCGUUGCCGUCGUCGAGCAAGCACUCCACGUCGUCGCCUCGGUCGUCGUCGUCGUCGGCUCGCCGUCGUCGUCGUCGUCGCCGUCGUGCGCGUCGCGCCGGUGGGAGGCUCCUACGUUGAUCUCCUCCCGAUCGACGUUGUCAGAUUCUCUUGCAAGGAGGAGAAGGAAGAGAAGGAAUAACACCAAAGGUAAUCCGUCUUGCAAGUCAAGGGUCACUGCUGGCAUCGACGGUGCCGUCGGCGUUGACGUCCUCAUAGGACUGAGGACGAUAGUGGAAAGGAGGAGGAGGAGGAGGAGGACGACGACGUCGUGGAGGUACGCCAACGUCGCUCAAGCUGCGAGCCUGAGAUGAGCGACCAUGGCUGCAUACACUUGAAUAAUUUCAAAGCAGCGAAGGGCAUCCAGCCGUACAAAGUGAUACACUCCUAUUUCGUGACCAGCACAUCAACCGAGGCACGCGUAAGGAAGGCUGUAAGCUGCUUGUGUCAUACUUGUAAAACUUACAAAGAUCGUCUUCAUUCUUGUCUCCAUUGUAUAUUUUUCGGUUGCUAUGUGAAGGGUCACAUACAGGAGCAUGCAAAAACGAAGAAACAUUUUUUAGCUGUGGAUUUAUGUUAUGCACAAUGGAGUGAAUCAGCAAAAUCAUUGAGCUUUGGAGAAUUUUAUCGUGCUUGGGAACCUACUCAAAUAGAGGCAGAAUUAUUGAGAAAGCAUCCACGGCGAAGGCGUGUUGUAGAAAAUUCUACAAUAGGUCUAAGAGGACUUAUAAAUCUUGGCAGCACAUGUUUCAUGAACUGUAUUGUACAGGCAUUGAUACACACUCCACUAUUACGAGACUACUUCCUGGCUGACCGUCAUCACUGCCCACAACCCACUCGCUGUCUAGUCUGUGAAGUGUCCCACCUUUUUCAGGAAUUUUAUUCUGGUAGUAAAGCACCUCUAACGCUUCAUAAACUACUUCACUUAAUCUGGACACAUGCGAGGCAUCUAGCAGGGUAUGAACAGCAAGAUGCGCACGAAUUUUUUAUCGCUACUUUGGAUGUCUUACAUAGACAUUGCGAAGCUGCACCAAUUUUGGUAAAAGAUAACCCUCAUCACUGUAACUGCAUUAUCGAUCAAAUAUUUACUGGUGGACUUCAGAGUGAUGUUGUUUGUCAGGCAUGCAAUGGAGUUUCGACUACGAUAGAUCCUUUCUGGGACAUAUCUUUGGAUUUAGGUACCGCCGCUGGCGCAUCAGGAUCCGAUAAUUCUGGACCUCCUACCUCGUUAUUAGAUUGUUUAGAGAGAUUUACGCGCGCAGAACAUUUAGGCUCUAGUGCAAAAAUUAAAUGCAGUAAUUGUCAAACUUAUCAAGAAAGUACGAAGCAAUUAACAAUGAAGCAACUACCGAUCGUAGCUAGUUUUCAUCUGAAGCGAUUUGAACACUCCAGCAUUCAAGACAAAAAAAUCUCUACAUUCAUUUCUUUUCCGGAACAAUUAGACAUGACUCCUUUCAUGUCACACAGACGUAAUGGUAAUAAUAAUAGCGCUAUGAUCGAUGGCUUGCCAAAAAAUGGAGAAGAUAUGGCGUUCAGCGACAACCGAUACUCAUUGUUUGCUGUAAUAAAUCACGAAGGUUCUCUUGAGACAGGACAUUAUACAGCUUUCAUAAGACAGCAAAGGGAUCAAUGGUUUAAAUGCGAUGACCAUUUGAUAACAAGAGCAAAAUUAAAAGAUGUCUUAACUAGCGAAGGGUAUUUGCUUUUUUAUCAUAAACAAAUUUUGGAAUAUGGACGAAAUAGUAAGGUGUAAAUGUUUAAUCGUAUAAUUAAUUUAUUUAUCACGACUAAUGAUGGGCUAUAGACUUAAGUUCUUAAACGUAUUAAAUUUCUUAAUGUAUCAAGACACGCAUAAUUAUGAAGUUUUAAUAUUGAAAAUAAUGUUGAGAAUAUUGAAAUUCAAGUUAUCUACAAAAUUCUACAUAUUUAACUGCAGAUAAGGCAUAUAAUGCCAUUGAAAAUUCAAAUAAUGGUUAUUAUCGAUCUAUGCGUUAGUAUCAAAUUAAUUACAAUUGAAAGGCAAGCGAAAAAUAACAAUUACAAUUCAACUGUAAAAGUAAAGGAUAUUGCUUUAUUAGUAUAGAUAAAUGUGACGUUAUCUAAACUGUUAAUUGUAAAUUAUCAAAGUAUACAAAGUAAGCGUGUUUAUACAAUUUGUUUAGUGUCGACAUAUUUUUGCGUUUGAUGAACUAAGCUGAGUGCCUCUGGCGAUCACUUCCCUCGUUUGUGUCCUAAAUAAUAAUGUAAGGAUAGUUUUAAGAUUAGCUCAAUUUUUUUAAAUGACAGAUCACAAUUUUUGUAUGUCGCUGACUGUUGUUAUAUUUCUGACCUGACAUGUCUAUACAUAAGACGCCAAGGAUAGAUGACACCGUACUUCGUUAAUUAUCAUAUUAAAAAUUCGAUCUAUUUAAAUUCGUUAACUAAUUAAAUUUUCGACUUAAUACAUUUGCUAUUUGACAUUAAUGACUCUUUAUUCGAGGUACGUUGGGUCAGCAGUCCUUGGAUGAAACAAUUUUGUACAAACGUAUUGCGAGGAGGAUAAUAAUUUUAUCCAAAUAAGGCGAAUCUUUUCGCUCGACUGUAUAUAAUAAAAUCACUGUUUAUCAAAUUUUUUGUGGUUGCCCGUUGUACCUUUUUUUUUUAAAUGUCGUGAUGUAGAUUUUAAAGAUGCUUUAUAGAAAAAAAAUGCGUUUUUGUAAUUUAUCGCGUGGGAAUAUUUUUCGUAGUGAAAGAUGCGAAAAGAAUACAAUUUUAAUUCCUUAGUAGUAGUGGUUUCUGCUUUAAUAGGUUUUUUUUUAUUUUUUGAAAAAAAAAAGAAAGAAAGAAGAAAGCAAUCCUAACCGAAGUGCCAAAUGUUCAUUGCACUUUUUGUUCUUGUAUUUUUAUGUUAAAACUAGCAAUUUAUGUUAUUGUACUCUACUUAAAACGGGUUUCCGUAUUGUGUUCAUUGACAAGGAUAUUACGCAAAGUACAUCGUCCCGCGAAAGAAAUUUCCUAUGCGUUUAUCGGGAAAUUGAUAUUAAGAGGGACAUAUGUUAUAAAUUAUACGCGAUAGAUCAAUAUAACGAUCAAUCUACAAGCUUUAAAAUGCAAAAAAAAAAAUAUGUAAUAAUUACAUAUUCAACGUACGAUCCUCUGUCAACAAUUGUAAACCGAAGUGUUACUACAUAAGUUUAAUUCUAUUUCGAAGUGUAUGUAGAUAAAAGAAAAGAGAUGAAAGAUCUCGGUCGAUGGUAUUAUGAAAAAAUACAAAGAAAUAGUAAUUGCGUGAACUAAUGUCACCUGAGACAUACAGAUUAAUCACAAAAAUUGCCACAACUGCACAAUAUAAUCACUCGUGUAAUUGUUAGAAAUAUGACCGAUAUGCUUCAUGUUUGAGAAUUAACACUCUACACAGCAGUUGUAACACUUCCUAUAAGGCUGAUAUCGUAUAAUAAAGAAUAAAAUUAUAUUUCAUCGAA